GCUCCUCGCCGCGGCCCCGCUGCUCCCUCCCUCUGCGCAUGUGCGUCUCCGCCUUCUUCUCCCCGCUCCUCCGUUCCCGGCCUCCAGCUCCUCGCCGCCCCGCGCAUCGCCGCUCCCUCCCUCUGCACAGGUGCGUCCGCGCCUUCUCCUCCCGGCCGAUCUUUCACGCGCCUCCAGCUCCUCGCCGCCGCCGCGCCGCUCCCUCCUUCUGCGCAUGUGCGUCCCCGCCUUCUCCUCCCAGCUUGUCCGUUCCUGGCCUCCAGCUCCUCGUCGCCCCGCGCUGCGCCGCUUCCUCCCUCUGCACAGCUCUCCCUCCUCCACUAAGAGCAGAAAAUGAACACAUCCCAGGCAGAGUCCCAGGCUGGCAGGAGGAGUGGGCGUGGUCGCUGGGGCAGCCCUCCAAAAUGGGUCAGGUGGUGCUUCGAGGCUCAGGGAACGUGGCCUCCUGGGCAGCAUCCAAAGCGUCUGGCCUCUGUCUCUUCAGUGCAGAUGAAGUGCAGCACGUCCAGGAGUGUGACCGCUGCCAUCUCCCUGGUGCACGUGCAUCGCAGUGGUGUGCUGAAAGACAUUAUGAUACCGCCAAAUUUAACUGCAGAGUUGCACAGUAUCCUUUUGAAGACCAUAAUCCACCACAGCUAGAACUUAUCAAACCCUUUUGUGAAGAUCUUGACCAAUGGCUAAGUGAAGAUGACAAUCAUGUUGCAGCAAUUCACUGUAAAGCUGGAAAGGGACGAACCGGUGUAAUGAUUUGUGCAUAUUUAUUACAUCGGGGCAAAUUUUUAAAGGCACAAGAGGCCCUAGAUUUCUAUGGGGAAGUAAGGACCAGAGACAAAAAGGGAGUAACUAUUCCCAGUCAGAGGCGCUAUGUGUAUUAUUAUAGCUACCUGUUAAAGAAUCAUCUGGAUUAUAGACCAGUGGCACUGUUGUUUCACAAGAUGAUGUUUGAAACUAUUCCAAUGUUCAGUGGCGGAACUUGCAAUCCUCAGUUUGUGGUCUGCCAGCUAAAGGUGAAGAUCUAUUCCUCCAAUUCAGGACCCACACGACGGGAAGACAAGUUCAUGUACUUUGAGUUCCCUCAGCCUUUGCCUGUGUGUGGUGACAUCAAAGUAGAGUUCUUCCACAAGCAGAACAAGAUGCUAAAAAAGGACAAAAUGUUUCACUUUUGGGUAAACACAUUCUUCAUACCAGGACCAGAGGAAACCUCAGAAAAAGUAGAAAAUGGAAGUCUCUGUGAUCAAGAAAUUGAUAGUAUUUGCAGUAUAGAACGUGCAGAUAAUGACAAGGAAUAUCUAGUACUCACUCUAACAAAAAAUGAUCUUGACAAAGCAAACAAAGACAAGGCCAACCGAUACUUUUCUCCAAAUUUUAAGGUGAAACUGUACUUCACGAAAACAGUAGAGGAGCCGUCGAAUCCCGAGGCUAACAGUUCAACUUCUGUAACACCAGAUGUUAGUGACAAUGAACCUGAUCAUUAUAGAUAUUCUGACACCACUGACUCUGAUCCAGAGAAUGAACCUUUUGAUGAAGAUCAGCAUACACAAAUUAGAAAAAUCUGAAUUUUUUUUUUUUAAUCAAGAGGGAUAAAACACCAUGAAAACAAACUUGAAUAAACUGAAAUUGGUCCUUUUUUUUAAUGGCAAUAGGACAUUGUGUCAGAUUACCAGUUAUAGGAACAAUUCUCUUUUCCUGACCAAUCUUGUUUUACCCUAUACAUCCACAGGGUUUUGACACUUGUUGUCCAGUUGAAAAAAGGUUGUGUAGCUGUGUCAUGUAUAUACCUUUUUGUGUCAAAAGGACAUUUAAAAUUCAAUUAGGAUAAAUAAAGAUGGCACUUUCCCAUUUUA